GUUUUCUUUUUUGUGUCAACAUCUGCAGCAGUUUUUGUGUUCUUUGACACUUUGGGCUCUAAAUGCGAGCUGCUUACCAACAAACAAAACAAGACAAAGAUCUACUUGGUGGGUAACCAUCAAAGCAAUCAACUCAAUAAAGAUGCUCUAAAGAAGGUAGCAACCAAGUUGGGCUUAACUAACAGCAACAUCCUUUUGAAGGCUAAGCACAUGAAUGAUGCAGACUUUGUCAAAACCCUGCGAAAAACAGUCAACAAUGUUGUUGAGAACACAAAGAUGAAGAUGGGAAUCGAGCAGAUGGCUAACAUUGCCCAUGAACUGGGAAUCUGGGUUGAUGAAGACUCUUCAGAGUGCCAGGCUGCAAAGAAAAAUGCAGAUGCCAUCACUGCAGAAGUUCAAAUAUCCUUCAAUACAAAGAAGCUCAGUUACCCUUGCAAGGCCAAAUAUGGAAAGAAUUGACUUGUUUAGAGAAGGAAGAAUUUCGGCUUCGAAAAGUUGGAUCUGAGAACAUAGAAAAAUACAAAAGUGAUCUUCAAGUACAGAAAACAAAACUUAGGGAAAAACAGAACUCUUAUGACAUGUCAAAUGCAAUGACAUGUUUCAUCAACGCAAUAUCGAGCCCAGGGAUAGAAAGGGGUUAUUUCCUGAAAUGGAUGCGAAUGAACCUUGAUAACGUGUCCCGAGAAAAACUCUCUGGUCUCAGGGAGCAGUACAAAGAAAAAUGCAAAGAUUCUGAGAACAAAGAGGAAAUCAAAGACAUUGACAAACAACUGUCCAACAGCUCACUGGGGACACAGACCACAGAAACAGACCAAUCACGUAAACAAUUACAGCAUCUGCCCAAACUUUGUGCAGAGUUGUUACUUGAUGGAUUUCCUCUAGAGCUUGUAGAUGGAGAUGCAUCCAACAUACCUCUCCGAUGGGUGAGUGACGUUCUCUCUAAGCUGAAUGACUUGGUGUCUCCUAAGAACAAGAUACUGGUAGUCACAGUCCUUGGAGUUCAGAGCACAGGAAAGUCCACUCUCCUCAACACCAUGUUUGGAGUGCAGUUUGCAGUCAGCAGUGGGCGAUGCACUCGAGGUGCCUUCAUGUUGCUCAUCAGAAUCAAUGAAAAUGUUAGAAAAGUGCUUAACUGUGAAUUUAUGGUGAUCAUUGACACGGAGGGCUUGAAGUCACCAGAGCUUGCACAACUGGACAAUAGCCAUGAGCACGACAAUGAGCUUGCAACACUUGUUGUGGGGCUGAGUGAUAUCACCAUCAUCAAUAUUGCAAUGGAGAAUUCCACAGAAAUGAAGGACAUCUUACAAAUAGUUGUGCAUGCUUUCCUCAGGAUGAAAGAGGUUGGCAAACGGCCCAAAUGUCAGUUUGUUCACCAGAAUGUGUCAGAUGUUUCAGCCCAUGAGAAGAACUUACGAGACAGGAAACUGCUCUUGCAACAGUUAAAUGAGAUGACCCAGGCAGCAGCCAAAAUGGAAAAGAAAGAGGAGAACAAGAGCUUCACCGAUGUGAUGGAGUACAGUCCAGACACUGGGAACUGGUACAUUCCUGGACUCUGGAAUGGAAACCCGCCAAUGGCACCAGUCAAUGCAGGCUACAGUGAAGCUGUAUAUGAACUCAAGAAGAACAUAAUCCAAAUUUUGGGAAGUUGUGAUUCAUCUGCUAAUGAUAUCUUGGAGUUUACAGAGUGGAUGAAAAGCCUGUGGAAUGCAGUAAAGCAUGAAAACUUCAUCUUCAGCUUCAGAAACAGCCUGGUGGCUGAUGCAUACAUGAGACUGUGCACAGAAUUCAACAAAUGGGAAUGGGAAUUCAGAAAAGAAAUGUACACAUGGGUGACAAAAUCCGAAACAAGAAUUUCUAACUACGGUACAGUUGCUGUGAAAUCUGAGGUAUCUGACAUGAAAGUUCUUCUCACACACUUGAAAAGUGAAGCUUGCACAAUGUUGUCUAAAUGGGAGACAAAACUCCUUGACAAUUUAACUACUUCAAGCAAACAGAGGGCCAUGUCUAUUUAGUUGAACAAUUCAGAGAGGACUUUGCAAACAGUGCAAAAAGCCUUCGGCAAGAAAUGGAGCGCUCUGUACUUAAUCAGCUCACAGCAGCAGCUGACAUCAGACAGGGAAUGGCAGAACUUGAUA